AUGCCGCAAACGCUCAGUACGAGAGAGGCCAACCUCUUUCGUACCGUCAUCCGCAACUAUGAAGACAAGCAGUACAAGCGCGGCCUGAAGGCGGCCGAGCAGAUCCUAAAAAAGAACCCCAAGCACGGAGACACAAUGUCAAUGAAGGCCCUAAUCCUCAAUGCCCAGGGCAAGACCGAAGAGGCAUUUGCCCUGGCCAAGGAGGCCUUGACCAUUGACAUGAAGUCGUAUAUCUGCUGGCACGUCUACGGAAUCCUCUACCGCACCAACAAGAACUUUGACGAGGCCAUCAAGGCCUACAAAUUUGCCCUGAAACUCGAGCCGGACUCACAUCAGAUCCAACGCGACCUAGCAAUCUUACAAAUUCAGAUGCGCGACUACCAAGGCUACAUCCAGAGCAGAUUCACCAUGCUCAAGGCGAGACCCCAUCUGCGCCAGAACUGGACUGCCCUUGCCAUCGCCUACCACCUGGACGGCAACCUCCAGCAGGCCGAGAAUAUUCUGACCACAUACGAAAAAUCCAUCAAUACUACCCCGCCCAGGACCGACUUUGAGCAUUCAGAAGCUCUAUUGUACAAGAACUCGAUUAUUGCCGAAAUGGGUGAGAUCGAGCGUGCACUGGAGCACCUCGAGACCGACUGCAAGCGCAGUCUGGACCGACUGGCUGUCAUGGAACUGCGGGCCCGCUACCUCUCCCAACUCGGACGGAACGAAGAAGCGGCAAAGGCAUACCGAGCACUGCUGGACAGGAAUUCUGAACAUCCAGAUUACUACAAGGGUCUAGUGGGGGCGCUAGGAAUAGCCGCUGACGACGAGGCCGCCUUGAAGAGCGUGUACGACGAGUAUGCCGCCAAAUACCCUCGUUCCGAUGCCGCGAAGCGUCUUCCGCUAGAUUUCCUGACCGGUGACGCCUUCCGCACGGCCAGCAAGGCGUACUUGACUCUCAUGUUCGACAAGGGCGUCCCUUCGACGUUUGCAAACCUGAAGCACCUGUAUUCUGACCCGUUCAAGAGGGAUACGUUACCGGUUCUGGCGGAGGAGUACCUCCGAGAGUGCGGCAGUGUUGAUGAGGGUGCGGGCAGCGGUGAUAGCUCCAAGGGCAAAGGAGCGGCUCUCUACUUCCUAGCACAGCACUACAACUACCACAUGUCCCGUGAUCUCGCACGCGCUAUGGAGUUCGUCGACAAAGCAAUCGAGUUAGAUCCCAAAAACGUCGAUUUCCACAUGACCAAGGCCAGGAUAUACAAGCACCAAAACGAAAUCGGAAAGGCUGCAGCCACUAUGGACCAUGCUCGCUCUCUCGACACCAAGGAUCGCUAUAUCAACUCCAAGGCCGCGAAAUACCAGCUGCGGAACAAUGCGAACGAGGAGGCCUUGGCGACCAUGGGCCUCUUCACCCGGGCAGAGACAGUGGGCGGCCCCCUGGCCGAUCUCACGGACAUGCAGUGCAUCUGGUACCUGACCGAAGACGGCGAGGCGUGGCAGCGGCGGGGCAACAUUGGGCUUGCCCUCAAACGCUAUCACACCGUGUUCAACAUCUUCGACAUCUGGCAAGAGGACCAGUUCGAUUUCCACACCUUCUCGCUGCGAAAGGGCCAGAUCCGCGCAUACGUCGACAUGGUGCGCUGGGAGGACCGGCUGCGCGAGCAUCCCUUCUACUUCCGCGCCGCCCUGGACGCCGUCAACCUGUACCUGUCAAUGUACGACAAACCGCAAGGCGGCGCUAACGGCGUUGAGAGCGGCAGAUCCCAGUUGAACGGCGAGGACGCGGCCGAGAGAAAGAAGGCGGCCAAGAAGGCAAAAAAGGAGGCGCAAAAGGCGGAACGCGAAGCGGCCGAGAAGGCGGCCAGGCAGGACCCGAACAAAGCAGGCGGCGCCUCCCAGAAGAGCAAGGACGGCGAAGAAACCAAGAAGAAGGACGACGACCCGAACGGGACAAAACUAGCCGCUACCACGGACCCGCUCGGCGACGCCAUGAAGUUCCUGGGACCCUUGCUCCAGUUCAGCCCCAAGAACAUUGAGGGCCAAAUCGCCGGCUUUGAGGUUUAUAUCCGCAGGGGCAAGUACCUCCUCGCGCUUCGAUGCUUGAGGGCGGCAUUAGCGCUCGACAGGAACCACCCUAAAGUCCAGGAGCAAGUCGACAGGCUCCAGAAGGCCCUCGGCGGUGCCUUGGACUCGCUCGCGCCCAAGCUGCAAGAGGUGAUCAAAUCCGAACUCGCUCUCGUUACCGCAGUCUAG